AAUGCGGACACAGUACAGGAGAUGACCAGAGACUGCGGACAUAGUACAGGAGAUGGCCAGAGACUGCGGACACAGUACAGGAGAUGGCCAGAGACUGCGGACACAGUACAGGAGAUGGCCAGAGACUGCGGACACAGUACAGGAGAUGGCCAGAGACUGCGGACACAGUACAGGAGAUGACCAGAGACUGCGGACACAGUACAGGAGAUGACCAGAGACUGCGGACACAGUACAGGAGAUGACCAGAGACUGCGGACACAGUACAGGAGAUGACCAGAGACUGCGGACACAGUACAGGAGAUGACCAGAGACUGCGGACACAGUACAGGAGAUGACCAGAGACUGCGGACACAGUACAGGAGAUGACCAGAGACUGCGGACA